AUGUUUGGAAAUGUUGUUCCGUUGACAACAGUUAAUACUACACAAGUAUUACCUGGAACUAUUCUACAAACAGCUGGAAAUAUUUUACCAACAACUACAGUUGGAAAUAAUGAUUUAGUUAUUAUACAAGAUACAACAAAUCAAGCUGAAUUAAUAAAUCAAUUACAAAAUCAUAUUAAUGAAAAUCAACAAAUAUUAAUUAUUACAGAUGAUCAAGGACAAGAUCAAUAUAUUAUCAUUGAUAAAGAUCAAGAUAUUAAUGCACUUUUACAAGAUGGUUCAUUAUUUAAUCAUUAUACAGAACAACAACAAUUGGCUCAAAUAUCUACUGGUUUACAACAACAAAUUUUACAAAUAGCAUCAAUGCCAACAAUUCAAACAGCACAUACUUCAUCUGUUAUAUCAACACCUGUUAAUGCGAAUUCAUAUCAUAUUCAAAAUGUUGAAGAAUCAAUACAACGUGUUACAGCUCCACCACCAAAACGAAAACCAAUUGAAAUUCAUUAUGAUCCAAAAGAUAAUUCUUUUCAUAAUGUAUUUUUAAAAUUUCUUGCCGGAGAAAAACCACCAUCAUUAGAAACUAUAGCUAAUGAACCUAUUAUACGUAAACCAAAAGAUAAUAUUUAUAUUGGUUCUGUUAAUGCUGGUGUUAUACUUAAUUCAAUUGGACAACAAACUGGUACAAUGGGUUAUCAAACAUAUAUAGUUAAUGAUGAAUCACGUAUGGAAGAAAUAAUGGUUAUUGGACGACCUUUAUAUGAUGAUACAAAAGGUGUUAAAAUAAAUCCAUUAUUAAAAAAUAUUCCAACAAAUAAUCAAACAACUAAUUUUCUACCACAAUCAAUAACAUUAACACCUAAUUCACAACAACAACAACAACAAAAUGGUAACCAACAACAACAAUAUAUCAAUACAUUAACUGAUUUAUUUCGUAAUGCUCAAACUGUUCCAAAUAUUCUAAAUAAUUCUACAACAAUUACAUUACCUCAAGAUAUACUUAAUCAAUUAAGUGCUGGCACACUCACAAUUACACAAACUCCUAGUGGAAAUGAUACUAUUGAAUCAGCAACAGUAUCAGCAGCUGCCAUACUUAGUAAAUUAAAUGAAAUGGUACAAGGACAACAACAACAACAAACUAAUCAAAAUACAAUGAAUUAUAUGUCUAAUGAAUUACUUCCUACAAAUGAUUCAAAUAGAAUACAAAAUGAAAAAGAAACAACAGAUGCACUUUUACUUGCAGCAAUGUCUCAAUCAACUAAUUCGAAUAAACCACAUGAAAUUCAUCAACCAUCAUUGACAACAAUACAAUCGAAUAAUACGAAUUCAUCAUCAACAAAUACUACUCUUCAGCAACAAUCUCAAUCGACAACAUCUAUGGAUAAACAUCAACAAGAAACAUCAACAGCAAUGGAUCAAUCAAUUGCAACAACUACUGAAGGACAACAAUUUACAGAAGGAGAAAUGGGACCUGAAAUUCCAUUUGAAAUUGGUCAAUUUUUAUUAUAUAAAGGACAUUUUCUUAAUUUACUUCAUUUUCCAAUAUGGAAAGUACAUACAAAAACACUUCUACUUAAAUAUGAUACUGUACUUGCUGAUUCUGAAAUAGCAUGGGAAGCAACAGAUGAAGGAAUGUUUUAUACGAAUGUUUAUGAAGAUUAUAUUCCACUUAAAUGUGAACUUAAAGGUUUACAUAAUAAUCAAGAAGUUGUUCGUAUUAUCAAUGAAUCACAUCCAAUUAAACUUAAAAUUCAUGGUCAUAUGAGUUCAGUACGUAUUCAACAUGAUGUUUAUGCUCAAGUACUUGUUAAUCAUGUUUAUGAUGCUGAUGUAUUACCAAGAAUCAAAGCUAAUACAGAUGAAUAUGCAACAUAUAUUCGAUUGAUUGAUGAAAUUCUUGAACAACGUUAUAAUUAUGUUAUUCAAUCAAGACGUACAAUAGAAACAUUUCCUUGUGCAAUUGCUAAAUAUCCUUUACUCGAUAUUAUAGCUCAACCUCAACGACAAUUACAUUGUCAAGUUACAGAAGAUAAAUCACAAUCAGUUUCACAUACAUUACGUUUUCAUGGAAAUCAAUAUGAUGUUGAUACAUUAAAAGCAAGUGAAACACCAUUACAAAUAUUAGAAAUAUUUGUUUGUGAAAAUAUUGCUAUUUUAGCUCAAACAGCUCAUCAACUUAAACAUCAUGUUUAUCAUAUGUUUUGUCAUGCACAACAAAAAGUUGCUGAAUUACAAGCAUUAAAUCCAACAGCUGAUGCAACAGAAUUAAUUAGUGCAAUAUGUGGUGAUACAACGUGGUUACAAGAAUUAUUCGAACGAUUUGAUUUGAUAAUGCAACAAGCUGAUACAUAUAUUUUUUCGAAUGUUGAUAUAGCUUGGUAG